AUGUCUGACAUCGAAGAUGAGCUCCUUGCCCUUGCGGGUGGUGACUCUGAAGACGAGGGCUCUGCCCGCAGCCGCGGUGGCUCGGAGUCGCCGCGUCGCUCCAGAAACGAUGCUGGCAAAUCGAAGAAGUCGAAACGGCGUGCGAGGCAGGAUGAUUCCGAGGAGGAAGGUGAAGCAUCCUCAGCUCCGUCGUCACCAAACUCGCUGGAAUCAGCACCCAUGGACGAAUCCGAUUCAGACGCUGAGCCCGCGCCAAGGGUUGGCGGUACCGACGAAGAUGACAAGUAUCCCGUGGACGGCAAGUUCACAAGUGAGGCAGAAAGGGCUGAAAUUAUGGCCAUGCGAGAAGUCGACCGAGAACGUAUUCUCGCGGAACGUAUGGACGAGGUCGAACGCCAGCGACAGAGGCGUCGUCUCAGGCAAAUGAUUGAGGAAACGGAGCGCAGGAACGUCAAAAAGAAGCGUAGCGCCGACACCGCAGAGUUGGAGGACGGCCAACGAAAGACCUCACGGCAGCGUACUGGUAAAGGCAACGAGUCUGCCAUGGACUCUCUUCGCAGAGCUCGCGCAGAGAAGGCGAAGCGCAAGGAAGACAAGACACGCGGACGAGCUUAUUCCCCCGCACGGCGAGAUUCGGAUGAAGAGGAGAGUGGUGAUGAUUUUAGCCGCGCUAGGUCCCGAACACCCGAGAAGGAGCAAGAGAAGGAGGCACCACCUGCUGAGCUGAAGGACUUUGAGCGUGUACGGCUUGGCAGAAAUGAGUUUGCUCAGGUUUGCUUCACACCUGGGUUUGAGCCUGCCAUUACCGGUUGUUAUAUCCGAAUUGCUCUAGGUCCUCAUCCAGAGACCGGGGUUGAGCAAUAUCGCAUGGCAGUUAUCAAGGGUUUCACUACUAGCCGUCCAUACGCUCUCACCGGGCCUCAGGGCCCGUUUGUCACGGAUCAAUACGUCAGAGCCGCACAUGGCAAAGCGGUCAAGGAGUUUCCAUUUAUUGCUGCCUCAAGCGGCAAGUUUACUGAUAACGAGCUCAACCGCUAUCAGGUGACAUGCACCAAUGAGAACGUCAAGCUGCCCACAAAGGCAUAUCUAGCAGAUAAGAUUGAUGAAAUCAACAACUUGAUCAACCACAAGUGGACGAGUGAAGAGAUCAAAGCCCGUUUGGCCAAGAGAAAUGAACUCAAACGUCGGUUCGACCCUGCCGAAAGGGAGCGUGUUGGCAAGUUGCUCGAUGAGGCCGUGGCUCGUGGUAACGAAACCAAGGCUCAGGAACUCCAGGAGGAGCUCGAACAGCUUGGGACGCAACGCCUGGCUUUUAGGACGACCCUAGGCUCAUCAAAGAACCUGGACGGGCCCCGGGCCGCAACAGAACAAGACCGGCUGGCAGAGCGCAACCGCGAAAACAGGCGAAUGAAUGCCGAGCUCGUCCGCAAGGCCCAGCUCAAGGAGAAGGCCAGAGCUCGCGAGAUCGAAAUGGCCCUUAAGCGGGGCGAGCAGGUCGCCGAUGACCCGUCGCGACGACUCCGGACAAAGGCCAAGUUUGUGCACGAUGUUAAUGACACGCCGCAGAAGCUGUCUGCCAACGGUAGCGAAGCCAGCACGCCGGCAAACGGCACGCCCAAGGUUGCUGCUACUAAACCCGAGAUGCUGUCCCAUCUCGCAAAAUUGCAAGAGAAGAAUUACUCGGAGAGCAAUGGCGUGCCGGGGAUUCACAAGCCGCUCAUGGAUGAUGAUGUGAUUGGGGCGUUGGACCUGGACAUUGACGUCGAGAUUUAG